CUUCUGUGGUUCUAGCCAAGAUCACACAGGCUAGGAAUUGAAUCCAGCAUCCCAGGCCUUAGCCCCCAGCCCACCCCUCCUCUCUAGGUGCCUCGGGGGAGCGUGGAAAGGGCGAAGGCCCUGCAGUGACAUCUGUCUCCUGUUCUUGGCUGCAGGCCACCAGAGCCCUGUACGAGAUCUUCAAGGAGCAGGCCUGCAGACAGCAGGUGAAGGAGCUCUUCCCUCAGCUCUCCAUCGCCCUGCUAUUCCAGAUCACAUAUACGGUGGAGCUGUCCAUGCAUAACGAGAGGGUGAAUAACCAGGGGGACACGCCUGCAUCCUUCAGCCCUGUCAGGUAUGCGGUGGAUGCCAUGCAAGCCUUGCUCCAAUGUGCUGGCUACAGGGACCAGACCACGUUCAUCCACAAGCAGGGUGGCUGGGGCAUGCUCGUGAACGCCGACAUGCACCACGAAGGCGUCUUGGUGCUUGCCCGGGCCAUGGUUUCGGUCAGUUUCCAGGAGCGUUGCUGGAUUUUCCAGGAGCUGAUGGCCAUCCUCAACUGCAGGGAUGAUAGGCGGUACAUCCCGGCCAUGGCGUUCUUCAUUCAGCUCCUCCAGUGCCCUGACCUUGGCAAUAAGCAGGAAGACGCCAUCCUGGACCACUUGAGUGGGCAGCUGAGAGACCCCAACACUGUGGUGCGCUGGCUGGCGCUCAAAGGCCUCCUGAACCUGUCCCUGUGCCCAGAGAAGGUGGGGAAACUCCAGCGUCUGCUGCCAGAGGUCCUGGAGCAACUACAGGAGGUAGACAGGGACAUCAUCGCCGAGGCCAUCACCGUUCUGAAAAACAUCCUUGCCGGCAUGGACAGGCAGAGCGCCAGCCGCGCGGCUGUGCAAGUGGCUGAGAAACUCCUGCCUUUCAUUGAUGAUGUGACCAGCAGGCUCCGGGUGCUCUCCAUCACCCUCUUUAAACACCUGCUGGAGCUUGUAAGGGGGCUCGACAGGAGGCGGAUGAAGGCGCAUGUGCUCCAGAGCCUGGUCCCGCUGCUCCUCCUUGUGCAUGAUGAGCGUCCCAACGUGUCCCAGGUGUGUUGGGACACCCUCAGCAGUGCGGCAGAAUUCCUGAAGUGGCACCAGCUUGGUGGCUUCAUCCAGCGCAAGGAUAUCUGGCAAAGCUGUGACUGCCUGCUGACGCGCUACAAGGGGAGAGCCAACAACUUUCUGUGCCAGACCAUGGCCUUUCUGGAGAACCCACAGACUCCACUUAGACAAGCGGCCAUCAGGUUCAUAGGGCUCGCUGCCCGGCAGCUGGACCAGAGGAGCCAGGACAAGCUGGAUGCCAUCUGCAACGACCUCAAAGGCUUGCAGCAGGACAGCAACUCCUCGGUCCAAAGCCUGGCUUCUCAGACCAUCUUCAUCCUGGAGGCGUUCAAGAACCACCCGCCAGCCCACAGCAGCCUAUGGACAUGCUUUCAUAGGAUAAGAACAAUGUGCACUAAGGAGAGCCCGGUCAUUGAAGCUGCCCAGCUGCCCUAGCUCUGGGAAAAGCCAGCCUCCCUUCCCUGGGAGCUUCGUGCCAGACCAUGGCUUCUUCCCCAUUGGCCGCCUGCUCUGCGCAGCCAUGUGAGUAGUUAACUGCUCGAUAGCUUUCAUCACCAUGUACUUUUUGAUAGGUUUCCAUGCACUGUGUAGCAUUUACGUCCCGCCCUCCCUCCCCAUUUCCAGUCGUGUAUGUUUUUGGUGCCGUCUGCCAUUUUGAAAAUUUAUUUUGUAUUAUUUUUCUGUGUUUGGCCGGGGGAAGGUUGUGUGCCUGUGUUUUGA